UCCACACACACCAGAUCAUUUCAAUUGUCUAUCUAUUCAACACAAACAAUGCAAAGCGAACACACGCUACAUAAUGCUCAAACUAUCUCACCUCGCCCCGAUGACGAAAGCUCUUCCCAGACAUCGCUCACGAAGAGAAGAAUCAGAAGAGUCACUGCGGCAUGCGAACUGUGUAGACAGCGGAGAGUGAAAGUACGUAGAAAGAGAAUUCAGAUGCUCAUUGAUAAAACCGCUGACGAUCAGUGCGACGCUACGAGACCAACAUGUACAGCGUGUUCCAUCUCGUCUCAACAGUGUAUAUAUAGAACGACACCUCAUGAGACGAGCGUGGGUGCUCUGAAACGAAAAUUCGGUGAACUGGAGACUCACUACGAUCGACUGAAGGGCUCAAAAGAGCUACUAGAGCAGCUUUUGCAUGCCAUUCGCACAAGGCCAGAUGAUGAUGCCACUGUCAUAUUCGAGAGUAUCCGCUCCGGCUGUGAAGUAGAGUCGAUCAUACGACAUUUUGAUCACGGCGUCCUAAGCACGCAGUCACGAGUUAUUCCGGAGACAAGCUCUCGACUGGAUCUUUUACUAAAGAGCGGCAUGCCGAACUUCUUCCAAUCUCCCGACAACUGCUACCUGCAGUCAACCUUGCAUAAAACUGUUUCUGCUCCCCCAGCUUCUGCGCAGUAUGUCUCAACGAUAGGGGGUCAGCACUCAACACCGUAUAUGAAGCCCUACUUUACUGCUUCCUUGGUUGACUCUAGAUUCGAUAGAGUGGUACCUUCCAGAUGGACCCAGGUCUCCGACGACGAUAUUCUUAUGAGAGCUCUUCUUCGUCUCUAUUUUUUACAUGAGCACCAAUGGCUCGGAUGUUUCCAUAUAGAUGAUUUCCUCGACGAUAUGCUUUCGGGAUCAAACGAGCACUGUACUCCUUUGUUGGUAAAUACGAUCAUGGCACUGGCAUGUCAUAGUCAUCAAGACUCACGUAAUCGAGCCGAUCACCGGAACCCCAAGAAUUUAGGGUACCGAUUUUUCGCCGAAGCGAAGAGACUUUGGGAGCUUCAUUCGACAUCGAAAAAAUCCCUCCCUUCCCUACAAACAGCCCUUCUUCUCAAUCUCCUCUUCAAUUUACACUCCUCGGACAGAAUAGGACGUUCAUACCAGGACCAAGCAAUCAGUAUUGCACAUGAAAUUGACCUUUUCAAUUUAGCGACCCACACGAUGAGCGCUUCUGGAAGAGACUCCCGCGGAUUCACGUUGUGGUGUCUUUACUGGUGGGUCAGCCUUCAAGAUUAUCAUUAUCGAGUCUAUACGGUGAGAGAGAGCCCAUCGGUACCAUGUCUUCCCAAUCCAGAUAACGACCCGCGAUGGUAUGGCGAGCUCUGGCUACAGUAUUCCCAGGACGUCCAGUAUCACCCGGUUGGGUACGGGCACCUUUUUAAAGCCAAAUGCGAGCUUUCCAAUAUCGUAAACUCUGUAGUUGCCCAACUACAUUCGAAUGAGCCUAAUGAGCUAGAAAAGCGGGUAGCAAUCGCGAAAGCGCACAUUGAUGCUUUGCGGUCAUGGCACGCCGCUCUGCCAAACCCACUGUCAUCCAGUCAUCUCGUCUUUCCGUCGCAUCUUAAACUCCACAUGCUGUACCAGGACGUUAUGAUUCGUCUCUGCGAGAUCGUCCUCACUGUACCACCUCCACAACUUCAACUCAGGCCUGAUCACCCCAUCCAGCAGCUCUCGACUGAUUCAAAAUUAUCUUUCGUGACACUGAUGCGGCUAUACUACCUUCGACAUGGAUUUGGAGGCUGCGACGUAGGCUUAAUUCACAACCUUCACGUGCUUGCAUAUAUUGCUCAAGAACGACUUAAGGCUUUGACCCAUAAUCCCAAUCUUCACCACCGAAACGAAACGGAUGAAGCACGUGGAAUACUGUUCCUGGCUGCCAAAGGUUUCGAUCUGCAGAGUGAAAAUUACCACCUAGCGUUCACGUUGUUAUGUAAGUUGCGGGAGAAUAUGAGCCAAGAGGAAGUGAACAAUAUAUACGAAUUUGCUGGUAUUUCGCGGAUCAAGAGCGCUAUGAGGAGACUCAGGACCGAGAAUGUAUAA